UUAACGCAGCAUCCUUCUGGUCUGUGCGCAAAUAAUAAGGAAUAAAGUCGGACUUGCCGCUGCUGUCAGUUUGGAGAAGAUGCUUUCCUCUCCUGCAGCACAGCGGGACAAACAUCCCACCUAUGCGUGUUUCUCCACCAUGUAGCCUCCUGUUUUAGCUUCAUGGUUAUCGGGGAGGUCCGGAGCAGAGGGACGGAGGGUUAACGGGACGCAGCUCGGAGGCUGCUGCUGCGGACAGUGCGCUGGUCUGCUGGUAAACAUAUAAUGCAAAGUGGAGCUAAAAACAAAGCUAAAGGAGGCGGAAUUACAGAGUUAGAGGCAGGUGGGCCAGAAAUGCAAGUGAAAUACUGCCCGCCCUGCUGGAAGAUAUGCAUCCCUGGAGAGGAUAGGCUGAUUCUGUUCCAAGAUGUAAUGAUCACCGCCUGACUACGCCUCUGUUUCUGCAGUGUUUUAACCAGUUUUUAUUUAUUUUUGGUUUAUUUUAGUGUCAGAAAUGUCAUUCACUAUGGAGGAUAAUUUAGAGUCGGGGUGGGUAGCCGUCCGCCCCAAUGCGUUUGAGGAAAAGGAGAAACAUAAAUUAGUUUUUAUGGUCGCCUGGAAUGAUGUGGAGGGUAAAUUUGCCAUCACGUGCCACGAUAGGACGGUUCAGAGAAGCUUUGGCAGGGACCCUCUGGAGCCCCAUGGGGACAAAACAAGGUGGCCUGGAAGUCCCGUCAGGGAGAAAGUGUCCCGGAGUCCAAGCAAAGGAUGCACCCCCCUAACAAAGGCGAGGAGAGCGCCUCCUGACGAGGAGCCAGAGGAGCAGCUGUCCCUCUGUUCACUGGAUAGCCUGGAGCUUGAGGCGAUGGACAGCCCGGCCAGAGAGCACUGCAGCUGGGCAGGGCUGUUCUCCUUCCAGGACCUGCGGGCCAUCCACCUGCAGCUGUGCUCCGUCAACUCGGUGCUGGAGCCCUACCUGCCGGUGUUCCCGGAGGAGCCAGCCGGGAUGUGGACGGUCCUGUUCGGCCCGCAGGAGGUGCCGGAGACAGAGAUGGACGAGCUGUGCCGCGGCUUACAGGUGUACCUCGGUCACGCGCUCGAUACCUGCGGGUGGAAGAUCCUGUCCGGGGUUCUGUUCACCGAGAACGACGAUCCGGAUGAGUACUAUGAGAGCCUGAGCGAGCUGAGGCAGUCCGGGUACGAAGAGGCUGUCAGCCGGGCAACGAAACACCUCCAGGAACUGCUGGAGAAACACAAAUCCAUGGACAGCAUGGUGGAGCUGCUGGAGCUUUAUGAGGAGGAAGACCAGGCCUAUGGAGGCCUGCUGGAAGCUUCUACACAGCUGUAUCAGUACCUGCUGCAGCCCUUCAGAGACAUGAGGGAACUAGCGAUGCUACGCAGACAGCAGAUAAAGAUAUCAUUGGACAACGACUAUUUGGGCCCCAGACGGAUUGAGGCAUUAAAGAAGGAGGAUACUGACUGGCAGAAGAAAGCUCAAGAAGCCGUCCUCAACAUCCAGGAGUUCACCGUAAAAUACUUUGAGAUCACUGCCAGAGCUCAGAAAGGAGUUUACGAACGGAUGAAAGUGGAUCAGCGAAAAUUUGGGAAAUCUUCAUGGACAGCUGCGGUGGAGCGCAUGGAGAGGCUCCGAUACUCUGUAGCCAAGGAAACCCUACAGCUUCAGAGAGCGCGGGAGAUCUGUCUGGAGCAGAGGAAGCACACACUUCGAGAGGAGAUGCAGAGUCUGUGCAGCAGUGAGGACGCCAUGGCCCUAUUGGACCACUUGGAGACGCAGUACUAUGAGCUCCAGCUCCAGCUGUAUGACAUACAGGCUGAGAUCCUGCAAUGUGAAGAGCUGCUUCUCACUGCACAGCUAGACAGCAUUCGUAGACAGAUGAUGGAGCGUCAGGACGAGGUGGUUUAUUACGACACCUUUGAAAGUGCUGAUGACAUUACGCAGGAUGAUACCGGAGAGAAGGAAGAGCUGCGCAGACUUCAGAUCAGUGCUCGACAGCUUGAAGUCAGAAGGGGGCGCAUCAGUAACAAACGCUCCUAUCUGCUCAACAAAAGGGAGAUAUGUGUGUCUAACCACUCUCAGAAGCAGCAGAGACCUCACACCGUCCUUAAGGGAUCACUGUCCCACCGUAUCUUACAGUUUGGAAAUGAAGAGGAGGAAGAUGAGGAUCUGAAGAACAGCAGAGUAAGUCAGGAGAGGCAGAGGACUCUGGAGAGGCUGCGCUCCUUCAAACAGCAGUACCCAGGUCAGGUGUUUCUGAAAUCCACUCGUCUCCGAGUGUCUCACAGCAGAAGGAGGGAGCGAAGCAGAGGCCUAGAUGUCGGCAGCGUUAGUGAGAGGGAGGAGUGCGUGGACUCGGUGAGCGUUCAGACUCUGGACCAGCCGCUGUGCCUGAGCACCAGCGUGCAGACGGACCCCAGCGCCACCCUCACCACUCAGCCCGUCGCUACUCUUAUGGCAACCGUUCCUCCCCUGCCCGUCAGCAGCCCUGCAGAUUCCUCCUGCUCUCCCUGCUCCCUCUCCUCUCUGUUGGCAUCGCCCAUCUCCCCUCCUCCACCCCCUCCUCCACCGCCUCCUCCACCAUCAAAGGAGGAGUUCUCUCCAUGCAGCAGCGUGGGCCAAUACAGGAGAAAAGCUGAAGGGAGGAGUGCAGAAGAGGAGCUUAUGCUCUCACCUCUCGGUCCAUUCAUCCCUCGCUUUUUUGACAGCAGCCAGCUGGUGAGCGCACGCAAGAAACUGAGGAAGACUCCAGAGUUUGAUUCCAACAGCAGAAGAGGGAGCUCACCUAUGGAUGAAGUCCUUGCUUCCCUAAAGAGAGGUAGCUUCCACCUGAAAAAGGUCGACCAGCGCUCCCUGGCUCCUACCAAGGGCGACGAUGACCCAAACAGCAUCCUGGCUCAAAUACGCAAAGGAGUCAAGCUCAGACGCGUCCCCUGUAAGGACAGAAAAGACCAGAGAGAGCUCUCUGCCUCUACCGAUCCCCUGACAAGGAGCAUUCACGAGGCGCUGCGUCGGAUAAAGGAGGCCUCGCCAGAGUCUGACUCAGAUGAUGAUGCACUGACGGCCCCCGAUUGGGAAAACUAGGGUUCACACUGACACCACACAGACUGUUCUGCACGCUGUACUGUAAACACACACGUUUGCUCAUUACCUGGUUAUUAAGCCCAGAGUCGCAGCAGUUAGCACCAAAUGAUCCAGAGGCCUAUGAUCAGCUUCACUAUGUUUUUUUUUUUUAGCAACAUUCAGCACCAUGAUGGAGACUUUCUUCUUUCUAUCCAUUUUUCUGUCUAGACACACUGAAAGAAUGCCAUUUUUUUCUUUUCAUUUUACAUUUUUAUCACUUUUACUGUCAAAGGUGUGCACUUUAGAUUUAUCAAAAAUGCUCUGAUGUCCAGUCGAACUGACGCACUGUGUAUGUUUAGUUUGUCUAGCUGAGAGCGGUUAGUGGGCUUUAUGAAAGGCAGACAGUGAGUGCAGCAAAACGUUAAGAGUGUUUAGGGUAAUCUGGGGGGUUUAUUGGAGAUUUGAAAAAUUAAUACACGAUUACACAAAAACUCUGACUGGGAUUUCCGGAUUUACUGUCCAGAUUGUGAACUAUAACACCAUCAAACAUUGCUGCCUUUCUUGUUUUUGUUUUUACACUCUAAAAAAGCGGGGUGAAAAAUCUUUUCAUUUCUCUUUUUUUGCUAAUCCAGUCCGGAGCCAAAUGUGGUCCAAUCCAGCCUGGUUUGAUUUAACACAACAGGGUUGGGUUAAGGGUUUGACAUGGUGUACAGGGAUAGGUUUCAACUUUAAGUUGGUUUUAGGUGACUGAUAUGCAAUGUUAGGGCUACCAAAGGGAAGGUGAAAGAUAAGCCAUAACCGGGAUUAUUUAACAAUGAAAACCCUGGAGAAAAAUGCUUUAUCCAUGUUCUAUAACCUCCUAAACCUUGAAAACAUCAUGACCUUCUACAAAGGCAGAUUGAACACACAACUUCCCCAAAGAGGAAAAAAAAAUCUUAUACUCUACUUAAAUACUUUAUUGACAAUCAAUUAAAUUUGUAAACAACACUAUACUCUCUCUCUAUAUAUAUAUUAUAAUAAGAUAAAAUAUUGGCUGCAUCCUUAUAGUUAGCAUUAGCUUCCCCGCUAUUCGCCCAGGUAAAAGGUAAAAAAUAUCUUAACAUAAACUAAUUUAUUGUAAUUGGUCCCUAAGUCAGUCUUGUGGAUCAAAAAAUAGACAUGGCUUAUUGGGUUUGGAGUCCUCAGGCUCUCUGGAACAAUUUUAUUCAGCACCAAAAAAAAAAUAAAUAAACAAAGUAUAUUUAUAUGAAAAAUACACAGGAUGUUAGACAUGGGCGGUUCAAGGUGGGGGCCAGUGCCCCCAUAGAACAGGUCCUAGCCCCUGAUACGGCCCCUGUAAUGAAAACACAAACUGCAAAAAUGUAAAUGUAAGUCAGUAUUUCUUCCUAGGUGCAUAUUAUCUUAAUUCAAGCAGAUAUGAUUAGAAGAUUUAUGUUUAAAGAAAGAAAACAACUAUCUUAUUUGAAUUUUACAGAAUUUAUAUUGUUCUAAGAGCCAAAAUCCAAUUUCCUUUCUGAAAUUAGAGGCAAAUACACAGAUUUUAAAUUUUUUCUAUUAGUUUUUGCUGUAUAAUAGUAAAUCAGUUUCUUAUGACGAUAUGUGUUGACAGACGAGGCUGUAACUGCUUCGCCUUUACAAU